UGAAGCUCAUCUGUAAAACGAACACCUCAUAUGUUCUGCAAAACCUUAACAGCUUCCGACACAAGCACCCAUAGAGGCUUCUCUGUACCUAGAAGAGCCGCUGAAGACUGUUUCGCUCCUCUUGACUACAAACAACAGAGACCUCUCAUUGCAAAAGACCUCCAUGGAGUAGAGUGGAAGUUUCGGCAUAUUUAUCGAGGUCAACCAAGGAGGCAUCUGCUCACCACUGGUUGGAGUAUAUUCGUCAGUCAAAAGAACCUCGUCUCUGGUGAUGCGGUUCUCUUUCUGAGAGACGAAGAUGGAGAGCUGAGGUUAGGAAUCAGAAGAUCUGCACGGCCAAGAAAUGGACUUCCUGACUCAAUCAUUGAGAAGAAUUCAUGUUCCAACAUUCUGUCUCUUGUGGCUAAUGCUGUAUCUACAAAAAGCAUGUUUCAUGUGUUCUACAGUCCACGAGCGACGCACGCAGAGUUUGUGAUUCCUUAUGAGAAAUAUAUCACAAGCAUCAGGAAUCCAAGAUUCAGAAUGCGAUUUGAAAUGGAAGACUCUCCUGAGAGAAGAUGCGCUGGUGUAGUGACCGGAGUUUGUGACUUGGAACCGUACAGGUGGCCCAACACAAAAUGGAGGUGCUUGUUGGUGCGAUGGGAUGAGUCUUUUGUGAGUGAUCACCAAGAAAGAGUUUCCCCAUGGGAGAUUGAUCCCUCUGGUUCUCUCCCACAAUUAAGCAUUCAGUCCUCUCCAAGGCCUAAGAGGCCGUGGGCAGGUCUACUGGAUACUACUCCACCUGGAAACCCCAUAACCGAAAGGGGUGGUUUUUUGGACUUUGAGGAGUCGGUUAGACCCUCUAAGGUCUUGCAAGGUCAAGAAAAUAUAGGUUCUGCAUCACCUUUACAGGGGUUUGAUGUUAUGAACCGCCGGAUACUGGAUUUUGCGAUGCAGUCUCAUGCAAAUCCAAUUCUUUUGUCUAGUAGAGUGAAGGAUCGCUUUGGUGAGUUUGUAGAUGCUACGUCCCUGGACCCAGCUUGUUCAGGCGUUAUGAACCUGGAUAGGUUUCCUAGGGUCUUACAAGGUCAAGAAAUUUGCUCACUUCGAUCAUUCCCUCAAAUUGCUGGUUUCAGUCCAGCUGCUACUUCAGGAAAACCUAAUCUUGGAUACACUGAUCCCUUUGCUUAUAAUCAAGCCAACAAGUCAAGUUUCUAUCCGCUAGCUUCAGAAGGGAUUAGGAGCACUCAUAUUCCAUAUCAGAAUCCAUAAAAUGCGGGAGAAAAAUCCUCGGUUUACCCAAUAAACUUUGGUGGGGAGACUAGAAAGUUCCUUGCACAAAAGGAAGGUGGCCUACCGAAGAAUGUGACAGCUGAUUUUCCAUUCAAGAUUGAUAUGAUGGGAAAACAGAAAGGCGGCGACUUUGACAUGAAUGCUUCAUCAGAGUGUAAGCUUUUCGGAUUCUCCUUACCCGUGGAGACACCUGCAGCUAACCCGCAAAGCUCGAGCAAAAGGAUCUGCACAAAGGUUCACAAGCAAGAAAGCCUGGUGGGGAUAGCUAUUGAUUUAUCCCGACUAAACGGGUACAAUGAUCUCCUCACCGAGCUUGAACGGUUGUUCAACAUGGAAGGGCUUCUCCGGGAUCCCGAGAAAGGAUGGAGGAUCUUGUACACCGACAGUGAGAACGAUAUGAUGGUCGUUGCUGAUGAUCCAUGGCAUGAUUUCUGCAAUGUGGUGUUGAAGAUACAUUUAUACACGAAAGAGGAAGUUGAGAAUGGGAAUAACGAUAACAAGAGUUGUUUAGAACAAGUAGCUGUUUUGAUGGAAGCAUCUGUGAGCCAGCCUGAUUCUUCUCCAACGGUCACUAGGGUUUGA